GUGUAAUUUUCAUGUGCUAGACAUGAGUGUUUCCUUCAUUCUUGGGCUAGAGCGCUAUUACAAUUAUGAAUCCCUAUAUAGAAUGGCCGGUUUGAAAGACAGUUCUACAUUGGUUAUUAACUUAAUUGUAAUUUAGUGUUUAAUCUUGUGAUUAUGGCUUUUCUGAAGUACUUCUGUGGUGUUCUCAGAAUAUAUUUUCACCAACGAAAUUUAUGUGCAUGUGUGUUUCUCUGUGCUAGUAAAAAAGGACUGUUAUAGACUAAUAGUACAUUUAAAUAAUGCUGUUGGAUGAAAUAUUUGAAUAUUGAAUGGAUGAGAUUUAAGAUUAAAAAAAUGGUUGAAGUUAUUCCAAAUCUCUAGUUCAAGUACUCUUCCUCCUACUCUCUCUCAUUCUAUCACCCACCCAGGAAACAUAAUCUAUUCCAUCUUCCAUUACUUUUAGGCUUAAUUGCACAUUUACUCCCUCAUCUUUCACUAUUGUGCGAAGUUCCUCCCCCAUGUUUAAAAUGAGUGAAUUUCCUCCCUCAUGUAUUAAUUUGUGAAAAUUGCCCCCUUCCGUUAGGUAGCCGUUUGAAAGCUAACGGAAGUUGCUGAUGUGGCUUCCUAUUUGCACCCUCUCUUGCAUACAACCCCCUAUUUUUAAAAGAUAAACAAAAAAAAAAUAAAAAUAAAAACCUAACACGUGAUUCCCCCAAAUUAGAUCAUCAUCUUCUUCAUUCUUCUCUUCCCCCAAAUUAAGCCUUUUUCCAUAAUCUUCUUUCUUCUUCUUCGUUCUUUAUAUGCUCUCUUCUUUCUUCUUCUUAUUCUUUUUCCCUUCCUCUUUUUUUCGAGCCCAUCUUCUUCUUCCUCUUCUCUUCUUCACGAUCAUUCCUCUUCUGCACCCAUUCUUCUUCUUCUUCUCCCCCCCCACCCAAUAAACCCAGACAGCCACAACCCCACCGCCCCCAACCCCACCUCACCCAGAACCCCACCGCCCCCAAUCCAAGUAUGAACAUUUCAACCCACCGCCCCAAAUCCGAACUCAACCUCACCAACCUAGAUCCGGCCCAGAUCAAAGCAUAUCCGGACAGAUUGAUGCAAGGAGAGCGUGGAGACAGCAAAGGUGCAGCAAGGAGAGUGUGGCGGAGGUGGUGAGGUGGGUUGGGGUUUUGUUUCUGGAUUUCUGGGUUCUGUUCUCUGUUUCCCCGCUCUCAUUCAUCUUCAUUUUUUUCUGCUUGUGUUUUUUGGAAAAUUGAUUUGGGGACGGGGUGGAGCUGCCACUACUUGAUUGAAUCAAACAACUUGGUAUAUUCUGUAAUUGUUGUAAUAUAUUUCGUUGUUUCUAUCUUCUUUUCUGAACCUUGUAGUGGAUUUUUGGGAGGUAAAGAUGGAGGAGAGGAGGAAGAUUAAGGUUGGAAGAGGAGGAUGAGGAGGGUUUGGAGUGGGGAAGAAAGGAAUGGUGGCGGUGGUGGUAUGAAGAUUAAAAGAAAAAGAUUAAUUAAAAGAAAAAGGAAUAUUUUUAAAGAAAAAAUUUGACAUUGCAUCUAAGUGCGCAUAUGUCAGAGACACGUCAUUUAAUGAGGUCAUGUAAGCUUCCUCCGUUAGUAAUUGGAUGACAGAUUAACAGAAUGACCAAUUUGGCACAAAUUAAUACAUAAGGGAGGCAAAUUGCUCGUUUUAAACUUAAGGGAGGCAAAUCGCACAACGGUGAUACUUAAGGGAGCAAAAGUGCUAUUAAGCCUUACUUUUAUGUACCGAAUUGUCUGGUGAAAAAAAUAUAAUAAAUGAACCUUUCAAAUUACAAUGACUCGUGUAAUGCAAGUAAAAGAUAGUGUCUACUUUUUCUAAAUUACACUCGAGAAUAGGAGAGAAUAUAGAGUAAAUCAAAGUUCCAAGGUGAAAGGCUGACAACUAUUUGUUCAGAGGGGUCAUUCAAUGGUCAAGAUAAUUCAAUUGAUUUGGAGGCAGGAAGAGUGACACACACUUCAUCUCAACUUCAAACUCCAUCAAUGGCUGCAAAUGCUAUCUUUCCAAUCAGUUUCUUCAAGAUCAUACUUAAAACUAAUCUUCAAAGACUGCAAUUACCCAAAAAGUUUACAGAGAGAUAUGGGGGUGGUCUGUCUAAUCCAGUGCUUUUGAAGCCUCCAGAUGGAACUGAAUGGGAAGUUUAUUGGACAAGACAGAAUAGUGAGGUUUGGUUCCAAAAAGGUUGGAAGGAAUUUGCUCAAAAUUACUCUCUUGAUCAUGGGCAUUUGGUGGUAUUUGAAUAUGAAGGAACUUCCCACUUUGAUGUCCUAAUUCUUGACCAAAGUGCCUUAGAAAUUGACUAUCCUUCAUGUGAUGGUGAAAAGGAUAAGCUUGGUCAUCAGAGUGAUGCUGAUAAAUCACUUGAAACUUUGGAAGAAUGGCCAUAUCAGAAGCCUAAGCAGAAGUCACUGUUACACUCUUCUCCACCACAUAAGAAAAUGAAAGGUGAAAAAGGUGUAGCUCAAAGAAAUCCAUUGUCAAUGAAUUGGCCAAGACAAGCUAGAGCUCAGGAAGUAGCUGAAACAUUCGUCUCAAAGAAAAACAAUCCUUUUUUAACUGUUACCAUUAAGCCUGUUCAUACUGCAGAAGGUCGGCUGCAUAUAACAGGUUUAGAAGGUUAUGUUGAGAACGUUGACAAGUAUGUGAAGCUGCAGAUUGGGGAAGAAAGAUCAUGGAAUGUGAAGCUCUAUCGUCAUUCCUCUAAUGGUCACUAUUUCUCUUCUGGUUGGUCCUUGUUUGCAAUGGAAACUGAACUGCAACCUGGAGACGUUUGUGUCUUUGAACUCAUCAACAGGGAGGACCCAAUAUUUGAAGUUCAUAUUUUCAAACGCCACAGUUAACUUAUCUGCUAGGAACUGUUUGUUUUAGUUAAAAUCGAUUAGAAGAAGGAACAAUUUCCAUUCCUUAGAAUGAGUGACUUUUGGUUGGUUGUAAUGACCAUAGACAGGGGCUAUCCAAUUUUUACAGUACGUUUAGCUGCUCACCUAUCUCCAUUAAUCUCUAUUGACCAUGAAUCUCAAUGACCAACAAUUGGAAAUUGUGGGUUCUAAAUAUUCAACGAAAAUAUUAUGAAUAUCUAAUAUUUAUAGACUUAUU